AUGAUUCCUUGGAAUUCUACCAAAGCCAAGGUAGAUCCAGUUCAAACCAUCGUUUAUCCGUCGUCGACUCACUUCUUCAUAUCCGUACAACGACUCAGGACUUUACAAGAGAAGAAGGGGGCCCAGGCCAAGGCUUCGCGUCGAGACAUUGCCACUCUAAUUGAGCGGGGAAAGCUUGAGACCGCCAGGGUUAAAGUGGAGACCAUAAUCAAUGAAGACAUCCAUAUCGAGCUUCUGGAACUGCUUGAGCUUUACUGCGAACUUCUCAUAGCUCGCUUUGGGCUUCUAGACAUAAAUCAUUCAAGUUCCCGAGAACCCGAUCCGGCGAUCAGUGAAGGCGUUUGUUCGAUAAUAUUUUCUGCACCCCGAACCGAAGUCAAAGAACUUCAUGUACUACGCGACAUUCUCAUGCACAAGUACGGUAGAGAGUUCUCUAUCGCCGUCAUGGAGAACCGUGAUGGACGUGUCAGUGACCGCGUCGUUCGAAAGUUGGACAUUAAUAUGCCUUCCCCAGAGCUCGUCAAUGCUUAUUUGGCGGAAAUAGCGAAGGCAUAUGGGGUUUCCUGGACGUCUCCGAAUACCCCAAGUUCGGACGAUAACAUAGACGACGGCUCUAACGGAGAUGAAAAGCAAACGGCCGCAGGUGAGGCAAAUUCUCCACCUGCGUAUAGACCAGAAUCCGCGGCAGAGCCCGGUCCUACACUCCCUGCGAUUCCACCGAGCAACAUUGAUGGUCCAGGCAACAAGAAAUCAAAACCGGAAGAUUCGACAACACCCGUUUCAAAAGCCCCACCGGCGGUAACGGACACGGUAGAGGACGAGUUUGAGGCAUUGAAUAGACGGUUUGCGGCGCUGAAGAAGAAAUAG